CCUACGUCCUCACCACCAUUUCUCACACACCCCCAACUCCACUCUCUCAUCAUUUUUCAUAGCCUACAAAAAUGCCUUCUUCUUCUACUACUAUCAUUUCCAAAUGCACUGUCUACCCUGAUCACAAAUCCUCUCUCAAGACCCUCAAGCUUUCUGUCUCUGAUCUCCCCAUGCUCUCCUGUCAAUACAUCCAAAAGGGUGUCCUCCUUUCUUAUCCACCUUACUCUUUCGACGACCUCAUCACAUUUCUCAAACGCUCUCUUUCCACCGCUCUUUCUUUCUUCCCUCCUCUUGCUGGCCGUCUCUCCACAGACCCUGAUGGACAUGUCCAUAUAGUUUGCAAUGAUGCAGGCAUUGAUUUCUUCCAAGCCAAAGCUACACAUCUUUUUAUCAACAACGUUCUUUCUCCUUCUGAUGUCCCUGAUUGCUUCAAGGAGUUCUUCGCUUUUGACAGAAUGCUCAGUUAUUCUGGUCACUCUAAGCCCUUAGCCGAAGUUCAGGUCACAGAGCUCGCUGAUGGUGUUUUCAUUGGCUGUACUGUAAAUCAUGCUGUUACAGAUGGAACUUCCUUUUGGCAUUUCUUCAAUAGCUUCGCUGAAUUCUGCAAAGGAGCUAAGAGAAUAUCAAAAUCUCCUGAUUUUAGCCGUGACACUGUUUUCAAUUCUCCGGCGGUGCUUAAAUUCCCUGCUGGUGGCCCAAAGCUUACCUUUUCAGGUAACGAACCAUUGCGCGAGAGAAUUUUCCACUUCAGCAGAGAAGCUAUUAUUAGGCUCAAAUACAGAGCCAAUAAUGGUAAUAUCUUAUGCAACCCCGCUGAGAUUUUGGGAAAGCAAUGCAAUGACAGUUGGAAAGUCGUUAAUGGAGACAGUAACGACAAAAUAGCGCCAAUCUCGGAGAAUUUCUUGAAGAACAAAACGGUAGAGAUUUCAUCGUUUCAAUCAUUGUGCGCACAGCUCUGGCGCUCCGUCACACGUGCGAGAAAUCUCUCCCCUUUUAAAAAGACUACGUUUCGUAUGGCUGUGAACUGCCGCCACCGGCUCGAGCCUUGGCUCCACCCGUACUACUUUGGAAACGCUAUACAGAGCAUCCCCACCAUCGCUCCUGUAGGGGAGCUGCUCUCUCAUGAUCUGCACUGGGGAGCUGAGCUUCUGCACAAAAACGUUGUCGCGCACGAUGAUGGUACCGUGCGGAAGGGCAUAACGGAUUGGGAGAGAGAACCCCGCUUAUUCCCAUUAGGGAACUUCGACGGUGCCUCAAUCACGAUGGGUAGCUCCCCGAGAUUCCCAAUGUACGAAAAUGAUUUCGGGUGGGGUCGACCUUUGGCCAUUAGGAGUGGUAGGGCGAAUAAGUUUGACGGUAAGAUAUCAGCAUUUCCAGGGAGAGAAGGGAACGGGAGCGUUGAUCUGGAGGUUGUGUUAGCACCAGAAACAAUGGAUGGGCUUGAAUUGGAUGGCGAGUUCAUGCAGUACGUAUCCACAAGCGUGUGAGUGAGUACAAUUGCAAGGUAGUAAAAGUGGAAUAGAUGUAUUUGGUAAGACUAAUCGGUGCUAGAUAGGGUUUAAGUUUUAUCAAUUAUCCUUGUUAAUGAGAAAUUUGUCAACUUUACUAUAAUCUAUUUAGUGAAAAUUGAUGAUAUAUCUUAUUUCUGAA